CCGUGGCCCGCCCGGGCGGGCGCCGCCAUAUUGGGGGUCCUCGCCGCGGGCGCGUAGGUGUCUUCAUAAGAUGCCGGCUCGGCGGUUCUCUGCUUUCUCCCCCCAAGAUGGCGUCCAUGCGGGAGAGCGACACGGGCCUGUGGCUGCACAACAAGCUGGGGGCCACCGACGAGCUGUGGGCGCCGCCCAGCAUCGCGUCCCUGCUCACCGCCGCGGUCAUCGACAACAUCCGCCUCUGCUUCCACGGCCUCUCAUCCGCCGUGAAGCUCAAGCUGCUGCUCGGGACGCUGCACCUCCCGCGCCGCACUGUGGACGAGAUGAAGGGCGCCCUGGCGGAGAUUAUCCAGCUGGCCACCUUGGACUCCGAUCCCUGGGUUCUCAUGGUAGCUGACAUCCUCAAGUCCUUUCCUGACACAGGCUCGCUUAACCUUGACCUCGAAGAACAGAAUCCCAACGUUCAAGAUAUUUUAGGAGAACUCAGAGAAAAGGUGAACGAGUGUGAAGCGUCUGCCAUGCUGCCGCUAGAGUGCCAGUACUUGAAUAAAAACGCCCUGACGACCCUCGCCGGACCCCUCACUCCCCCAGUGAAACACUUUCAAUUAAAGAGGAAACCGAAGAGCGCCACGCUGAGAGCGGAGCUCCUGCAGAAAUCCACCGAGACGGCCCAGCAGCUGAAGAGGAGUGCAGGGGUGCCUUUCCACGCCAAGGGCCGGGGGCUUCUCCGGAAGAUGGACACCACGACCCCGUCCAGGUGGCCACUGAUGGGCACCAUCCUCUCUGCAGCCCCGCUCAAAGGCAUCCCGAAGCAGGCGCCCUUCAGAAGCCCCACCACUCCCAGUGUCUUCAGCCCUGCUGGGAACCGGACCCCCAUCCCGCCUUCAAGGACCCCUCUGCGGAAGGAGCGGGGAGUGAAGCUGCUUGACAUUUCCGAGCUGGAUAUGGUGGGUGCUGGCCGAGAGGCAAAGAGAAGGAGGAAGACACUGGAUGCAGAAGUGGUGGAAAAGCCAGCCAAGGAAGAGACCGUCGUGGAGAACGCCACCCCGGACUACGCGGCUGGCCUGGUGUCCACGCAGAAACUCGGGUCCUUGAACAAUGAGCCUGCACUGCCAUCCACGAGUUACCUGCCUGCCACGCCCAGUGUGGUCCCGGCCUCCUCCUACAUCCCCAGCUCCGAGACGCCUGCAGCACCAUCUUCUCGGGAAGCCGGCCUACAGGCCAGCAGGCCACCGGAGGAGCCCAGUACCCCAAGCCCCGCGCUUCCCGCGCAGUUCAAGCAGAGAGCACCCAUGUACAACAGCGGCCCCAGCCCAGCAGCAUCUGCACCCUCGACGCCCACUUCCCCCUUGACACCCACCACACCCCCAGCCGUCACCCCGGCUGCCCAGACACCUCCAGUGGCCAUGGUGGCCCCACAGACCCAGCCCCCUGCCCAGCAGCAGCCCAAGAAGAACCUGUCUCUCACGAGAGAGCAGAUGUUUGCUGCACAGGAGAUGUUCAAGACAGCCAACAAAGUCACACGGCCCGAGAAGGCCCUGAUCCUAGGCUUCAUGGCUGGCUCCCGAGAGAACCCGUGCCAGGAGCAGGGCGACGUGAUCCAGAUCAAGCUCAGCGAGCACACGGAAGACCUGCCCAAGUCCGAUGGCCAGGGCAGCACCACCAUGCUGGUGGACACCGUGUUCGAGAUGAACUAUGCCACAGGCCAGUGGACGCGCUUCAAGAAAUACAAGCCCAUGGCCAACGUGUCCUAGGGCUGCCCACCCACCUCUGCUUGCCUUCGCUGCGGGGUCCGCUGGGCCCCAGCCCACUGAAGCUUUUAGGUUCAUUUCUCGGGGUGUUCUGGACUUAUUUUUUAAAUUUUAAUAUGGGUUACCUUUUGUGUGAUUUCAGAUACUUUUUUGGAUUCAAUAUUACAUUUUUGAAUGUUAAAGUUAACCAAAAAAGUUAUAACUUCUAAUUUUAGUGACAGCUCUGCCUGUUAGACUUUUAUCUUUUUUUUUUUUAUUUUUUCUUAAAUUCUGACCAUGAGGGAGGGCUCUUCCUUGCUAGUGCGAUGCUCUUCCCAUCCCACGAGGUUGAGGGGACCAAGUGAUGCCCAGCACAGUUGAGACCAGGGUGGGGAUGGCCUGGCCCAUGCCCCAGAGCAGGAGACACCGGGCCGGACAUGCCACAGGCAGGUUUUGUAUUUGUCUUUUGUAUGGUUGUGAGCAUUGAGACCAGUCUUCUGGCGCCUGUUUUCAUUGUACAAACGAUCUGAGUAAUUAAAAUAUAGCUUUUCUAAAGAAA